AUGUUGACAAUUGAAGAUUUCAUUGAAUUACAAAUUCCUUCUGUGAUCUAUAAGGAUGAUUGUGGGUACUGUUUCGAGAAUAUGUACAAUGAGGAUGUGUCUACGUCGCAUUGCUUGAAUGUGUGCUUGAAGUGUUUCCAGAGUUUUUGUGCUGACCAUGCCGAUCUGCAUCAGAGUGUCACCCACACAGAGCUAAAUGAUUGCCAUGACUUUUACUUGAACUUGAGGAAGGUAAAAAAACCCGAUGCCAAGGAGCCGAUCGAGAAAAAGCUGAAGCUUGAAAUCACAGAGAAGAGCGAAGACGAAACCUACGACGUGUAUUGGAGUCUUCUCGAUGGCUCCCGAAUACUGGCGGAUUAUCGGGCCCCUAAUUUGGACACCAAGGUUUUGAAUAAAGUGAACCAAAUCUUGCGAGCCCAAUCCACCAACUUCCAGCAAAUGGCCAGCUCAUGGCAGCUGGAGUUCAGGCCUUGUAAGCAUGUAGAGUCGUACGAACUUCCUCAAGGGAAUGCAGAAACUAUAGGAGGGAACUGUGCAGAGUGUAGUCUCACCCAAAAUUUGUGGUUGUGCCUACAUUGCGGCCAUUUGGGUUGCGGGAGACAACAGGUAGGAAUCGAAGGUCAAUCUCACGCGUUGAAACAUUUUGAAAACCAUCCAGAUCAUGCAUUGGCUGUCAAGCUGGGCUCGUUGAGUAAUUCGUCCUCAGAUGUUUACUGUUAUUCGUGUGACGAUGAGGUCCAGAUCGCCGACCUUGACAAAUGGGUUAAGCUGCUAGCGCAUUGGGGGAUCAAUAUCCAAGAUAAAGUAGCACAGGAAAAGACUCUGGUUGAACUGCAAGUUGAACAGAAUAUGAACUGGGAUUUUCAAAUGGUCGACUCACAGGGCCACGAGUUGGCCCACCUCAAGAGUUCUAAGGAGUACGGGUGCGGGUUGAUAAAUUUGGGAAAUUCGUGCUACAUGAACUCUGUGCUCCAAUGUUUGAUGAACGGCGGCGUAUCUGGCUGGUCACUAGAUCAGCUGGGUGAUUUCCCUCGGAACGUUGUGUAUGUGUCCACCAAUUUGAAAUGUCAACUCCUCAAGUUACGGAAUGCAUUUACCUUAGAACCAGCCAAAUAUCCCCAUGGUAUAAGGCCUUCAACUUUCAAGAAUUGCAUUGGAGGUAGGCAUGAAGAAUUUAGUUCUGGAAGGCAACAAGACGCUUUGGAAUUCUUUUCAUAUUUCACUGAUCUACUUGAUAGCAAAGCUUUUGAUGGAAUGCCAAACAAUGUAAAUGAUCUAAUGCGCUUUAAUGUUCAAGACAGGAUUGAGUGCCAGAAAUGUCACGGUGUGAAGUAUUCUACUCAGACUGCAGAUUACUUACAGGUACCUUUACAUGAUAGUGCUGAACCCCAACAGCUUCUUGACAGAAUAUGUGAUUAUUUCAAAGGAGAGGAAGUCAGUUUCACGUGUCCUACUUGCGACGAAACUGUCAAUGCUGUGAAGUCAUCAGGAUUCAAGUCCUUUCCUGGUACUUUGGUCGUGAGUCCAACCAGAAUCAAGCUGAAUAAUUGGAUUCCUACCAAGACCUCUCAAGAGCUCUUAUUUCCCGGGCUGGAUGCAUCUGAUAGAGGUACUCUGCACUUGGCUAGCCUCAAAUCUGCGGGUUUCAACAGUGAAACAGAACAUUUGUUGCCAGAAGACAACUCGAACGCAAAUUUCACCCCCGAAGCUUCGUGCAUGGCUCAGCUUUCAGAAAUGGGCUUUUCUGAAAAUGCCGCCGUGAGAGCUUUAUACUACACGGACAAUAAGGGUACGGAGGAUGCUAUGAAUUGGCUUUUCGAGCACGUCGAAGAUCCUGAUCUCAACGAGCCCUUCGUGGUUCCUGCUACGAAGAACACCGAGGAGGACUUUAAUGAGCGUCAUCUUGAGGACAUGAUUUCCAUGGGUCUCGAUCCGAAACUGUGUCGUAGGGCACUUUGCUUGAAUCAUGGCGAUGUCACUGCCAGUAUCGAGUGGGUCUUCAGCCACUUGGACGACGGUAUCCAAGAUGCGCAACCAGAAGUAUCUAAAUGCGAAAUGAAGAACCAUGGGUGCACAGAUGGGAAAUUUACAAACUACUCACUAAAAGCUGUCGUUUGUCACAAGGGCACUUCCGUUCAGUCUGGCCAUUAUGUGGUAUUUAUCAAGAAGCAAGUUGAUGAAGAAAUCAAAUGGGUUCUUUACAAUGACGAAAGGAUUGUGGUUGCUGAUGAUCCUGCUAACUUGGAAGAACUCAAAAAGAACGCUUACAUCCUCUUCUUCAACCGAUGUUGA